AUGACUACUUCAUUGUAUUCUACACGGUACGAAGAAAUGAUAGAACAGAAUAGCCUGAACUUCGACGCACGCUGGGGAGAAAAAAGAUCGAUGAACACCCAUCACAUCCGACCAAAAAGUGCGUGUACAAUACGUCGAACCAUCGACGACGCUGGGGAUUGCAUGUGGAGGCUCUCACAUAACGGUAAGACGCGAAGGCAUUCUGUCAGUGUGCACAUUGUAGACCGAUAUGCACAGUCGAAACAAGAUGCAUUGUUAUUCGACAGGAAGGCCAAAGAAGACAUCGAGAUCAAAGAACCACUGCUUGGUUCCAGUAAACCUGAUGCUCGAAGCGACUCUUUCUGGCUUGAAACACCAACCUCUGUCAUAACAGAGAAGCAGUUCUGCGAAGUAGACACCCCUGGUGUUUGGUUCCAAGGGGAGAGUAUCGAUACAUCAUUGGGCCUCCUCGAAGGUGUUCUGGGCUGCGAAUCUCAUAGAAUCGCACUCUGUAACACUUAUCACGCGUACUCAAUCUGGCAAAUCGGUCGCGAAUCCAACCCAGAUAUCAGUAACGCGCCUCUGGUUGCAAAGGUCAGCAACAAGGAUUUUGUUGUGGUCCCAAUCAGCGACGGCUGGGCCGACUGGGUCGAAAUAGGUCAAGAACAUGAGAAAAAGCAAGUACUUAGAUCGAAGCGUGGCAUGAAAGAUACGGAAAUUGAUAAAUUAUACGGCAAGACAUCAGGAUUACAGAGUAAGGGCCGACACUGGUCUGUCAUGGUUGUCGAUGUUCGGGGUAAAACUUUCAAGGGAAGGUAUUUCGACUCCUUCUGCACUGAGGUUACAAGCCAUAAUGCCACUGCGGCGUACACCGUCCUCAAGGGCUUGAGGGCGCUGGAGGCUCACGUCCAGCCUGAAGGUCAAGAUGGUCGGGAUAUUGAACUCGUCGUUGAUAAGAAAACUCCGCAUCAAGGCCGAGAUAACGUGAGCGGCGCCGCUGACGGAGGUGCUGCGUGUGGCCCCUUUGUAUGGGCUAUCACUAAAGAGAUUCUGCAAUUUAUUGUGGAUUGUCGUGAGGAUGGAGCAGUUGUCACGGAUAUUGCGCUACCUGCUGGCUUUGGGAGGAGGUGGGCGUGGGAUUCGAGGCAUACAAGGAUGGUUAUCAGAAAUCUCAUUGAGAGAGAACGUAGGGUGAGGGUUCAUCUCAAUAAGGCGGGGAGGACGUACAAGUGGUUCGACGAUGGCGGGGCACCUGGGUGGCAGACGUGGUUGAAUACGAACUACACCGUGGCGUCCUUCAAUACCCUGAUCGACGACGUGAAGAGGUCCUUCAGCUUCUUCAAGAACCAUCCUCUCCUUGGCACAGACUCGCAUCCUCCCCUAACCGAAGACGAACUACCCACAGACGUCCUUUCCAAAAUCGCCAAUUUCCUCCAGCAGCGCGGACUCGGCGACGUCGCUUCCUUUGUCACGAAUCCUCGACUCGACGACCCGGCCUACCUCACUACCCUUGCCAUCGUACUAGCUGCCGCGUUCGUCACCAUGUCGUGGUUCUCUCGCACCGGCGGGAGCUGGGGCGGCCGUUUCUCGCCAUUUGGCCGUCAGCCACCCAAUGCAGGCGUGGUCAAUGACUCGGACUUUUCCUACAUCACAAACGACGACCUACGGCGGAACAAUGGCUCGCAGGGGCCCGAGAUCGUCGAGUGGGACGACAAAAACCCCGACCGUGAGACAGAUGUACUGAUCUUCAAAGAGAAGAGGACAAACUACCCCACGCAUUUCGCCGCACACAGCAUACGCGAUGGAGAUUUGAAGAUCAGCACAGUGCGCCAGGCGGCGGCGAAGAAGCUGGGCGUCAGCGACCCGCGGCGGAUACGCAUGUUCUACAAGGGGCGCAACCUGAAGCACGACGAGCGGACUGCACGGGAAGAAGGCCUCCGCGGCGACGGCACAGGCAGCGAAAUCCUGAUCACAAUCGGCGAGAUGCCAGCUGGAGGUCUUGCGCCGGGCUCUGAAGAUGUUUCGCAACGUGCCUGGAGUGACGGUGAAGACGAGGAAGACGACGACGAGAGUGGCGUCGACUCUGGCGCGAAUACCACAGGCAGGAAGAAGUCCCGCAAGCGUGGUGGCAAGAAGAACAAGAAGAAGGGCUCCUCGGCGACUCCCUCGGGCACCUCAACCCCCGGUUACUCGAAUGCCGCAGGCGCAGGCCCAGAAUACCUCCCACUCCCCUCCCAGUUCAACGCAGCGCCGCGUCCAAGUCCCUCGCCAGCUCCGCGCGCUGCGACGCCGCAGACCGCAAUGGGCAAGCUCGACGCUAUUGGCAGCAAGUUCCAUACCGAGUUCGUGCCGAUGUGUGUACAGUUCAUGGCGCACCCGCCCGAGGAUAAGAGCAAGAGGGAUUUUGAGUACAAGAAAUUGAGCGAGACGAUUCUUACACAGAUUCUCAUGAAAUUUGACGGUGUGGAGACGGAGGGCGAUCAGGAUGCGAGGAUGAAGCGAAAGGCGUUAGUGAAGGAGGUGCAGGGUAUGCUGAACAAGCUGGAUGAGACAAUGAAACUUGUGGCAGGCAUCUAG